ACACUGAAAAAGCAUGCAGUAUAGCAGAAUGCUCUGUGCUCAUUUUUUAAGCAGACUCCCAGGCCUGAACGAGGUAGGUGACUUUAAAAAAAAGGGAAAAGAAGCUUAUUGAAAUAGAGAAUCCUUCAAUUAACUAAUCAUGCUAAAUUCCAUAGUUUCUUGAGUAAAUUCUAGUAGAUUUGACUGGCUUCUAGAUAAAAGGUAAGGUUUUUUUUUGCAAGGCACCCAAUGAUGUCUACUUUGUUAUUCACAACUUCCGAAUCAGUACUCUAAUCUACAAAAACGUAAGAAUCUCAAUUUCAUAAGUCCAAACUUCGAAUGGAAAUCAUUAUGAAUAUAUUGAUUCAGCAUCAAUAUAUCCUCGUGAAACUAAAUUUUGUAAUAGUAAGUAAGCCUUAGUCUCUCUAAAAUUAAGAGCCACUUAUUAAUAAACAACGUUUGUUUACCAGUACCACUGAGAUAUCGUUCAAUAACUACCAACACUGAAAUGUGCUGUUUAAGAGUAGAUCCCAGUAGCGAAGGAUGGUAUUCUUCAAUGAUAAGAAGUACCACAGACAUCUACUGCUUAAGAGUCAACAACACAAAAACAUGCGUCUCACUUUACAUAAUUAAAGUUUUUAACUUAUGAAUGAAGCACUAAUGUCUCAACCAUUCUUGUAUUUUUUUCUCUCCUUUUCUCUUGUUGAUGGCAUGUUAAAAUGUAAAUGUUUCUACGUUAUUAAAUUUUUAUAUUUUUUUUGUGGUCGUAAUUCUAAAUAGCGUACAACGAAAUUUGUUUGGAUAGUGUUUUUGUUUUGUAUUCACUAUUUAAGUGUGAAAAAAUUUUAAAAAGCUAGUAAAUUACAAAAAAAUUAACAUAAAAACAUACUGAAAUAACGAAAAUAGUUGAAAGAGAUAAAGAAUUAAUUGUAAACAAGAUCAGGGCAGUGAAUGAGGCAAUUUUAUGGUUGCUAAUUCGAUUCGACCCGAGACUGCGAACAUUCUCUAUUUUGCUUGAAAAUGUGUGCGAGGGCGUGAUACGGAAGUGUGCGAGCGGUAAAGUUGCGAGCAGCGAGUUGUGCGGAUGCUAGAACGAGCUUAUUGGCGACAAAACAAUUCGCUCCUGGCGGGUUCGCCCGGGCUCGGGCAGCUUCGCCGCUUGCACACUCGCUUAGCAGUCUAAUUCAACCCCUGACCGUUGCCACAUUGUUGCAGUGCUCGGCCAAUUUAGCGUACACGCCAGCAGGGAGUUGGUGAGAAGGACAUUGGUCUUUGGUCAGCCACGCAGAAGUCGGUCAGUUCACAUCAAGUUACUGUUAUUUUGGUCAGAGUUAAGAUUGAUGUACAUAUACUUCCAAAGGGGUGAAACUAGAGUUUAAUUAGACUGGGUUCGAUGCUUAGAGAUCACAGACUUUAAAAGAAAUACCUUAAAAUUCUGAAAAUGAACCCUAGCGCUUAUAUUUUUCAAAGGUCCUUUUGGAGGGGCUUAUAUUCGGAGGGAAAUUUGCGUUACAGGAUCGGCUUGUACAUGCUCUUGGUUUUUGGCCAUUGGAUUGGGCCAGCUUAUAGUUGGGAGGAAAGUUAUGUCAGUAGUUUGCUAGCCUGUUCCGGGCUCCGAGAUAGUCGGGUCCACGGGGAUUGAGAAAGCGCGAACAUGAAAAUAAAACGGGAAGAAACUGGAGAGAGGAAGUGCGGCGGAGCCUGUAAUCCUUUCUUUUAAACAGCUUGUUCCGUGAUACCAUCUCCUGGUAUAUCCUCUGAUUGGUCAGAUUUGACAGGUUAUAGCAACACUUCUCAAUGCGGGUCGUUUCUGUCAUUCAGACUGAUGGCGUGCUGCGUCCAUGCGCGUGAGAGAGAGGAAUCCACCGACGAUAACUUCUCUGUUCAACGAAUGUACGAGAUUGGGUUGAGGAAGGAACAGAAGACCUGCCUUAUGAACUUGGCGCUUGGAAAAGAUGUUUUUCCAAUCCUGCCGACCGGCUUGGCAAAAGCUUAACAUUUCAGAUGUAUCCACGUUUGGAAAGACUCUUAUCAUCUUUAGAAAAACAAGCUGGAGUUUAAAAAUCAUUGCUUUUUAUAAAGAGCAAUCAUGACUGAGCCACAACACAAUUCUCCAAAGUUGAUGAAGUUCAGUUUAAGCUGCAAUCCAUUAUUUGGAAUCUCGAUCGGUUAAUCACUACCUUGAGAAUUUCAAAAUAUCCUGUUAAAAACACUAAUGACCUGGGCCCAGCGGGACAAAACAUGGCAGAAAACCAUCUCAUUCAAGAAAAAAAGAAAAUCGCCUUUAAUUAUUCAGAUCCAGGAACGACUUUGGGGAAAAUUAAACAACCCUUCAGUCUGGCCGAAAUGAAGAACUUAACGUUUCAAAAGAGAUCAAAAAAUUCUAGAUUGCAUCAGAGUGCAAAUCAUCCCUACCAAAAACAAUAACCGCAAAAAUCAUCACGCGCGUAACGACCUCUCAGCAUGAAAGUUUUUGUACUCAGAGGGAGGGAUUAGCCCCGCGCGCAAUACUCACGCGAGAAAUUUGAGAAAGAUUGCCAGUCAUUGACAUUUCAAAUGUUUGACAGCCGAAAUCUAAUUAUCUCAAACGUGUUAAAAGAGGCCAGGCUCAUACCUAAUUGUGAGUGGACGUGGGUGGCUGGCUUUUUUUGUCAAAAGUAGGGCGUUGGCAGAGAGCCCAGGUCCAGACCUAACUGAGGGUAGGGGGUACGGAGGGGAGAUUUUGUCAUUUUGAUCAGAGUCUCAAGUCAGAAAGCAGUGCAAAGUCAAGGAAAUUUAUCUCAGGGCUAGCCCAGCCAAAUCAAUGCUCUGACUCAUAAUCAUGAUGCUGCUAGCAGAGCUUGGGGGGAGUCAUUGACCAGUCAUAAGUGUCAUGGUUGGGAAGGGUGAGUUCUUGCUCUUUGGACUUGGCUGUUUAGAGGCUGAGUACAGGCACUUUGUAUCAAAUCCAGCAUGAAAAAUAACCAUGUAACUGGAUAAAUUACACUUCCCUGUUCGUUUAUGAAACCUUUCCGAUCAUUUGAGACAAAGACAAGGAAGAGAAGUUUCGUUACUUUUUAAUUUGAGAAAAGUUUGGACCUUUGUGAUUUUUGUGAAAGAAGCGGUUUUGUCAAUUUUAAUUUUUUAAAAAGGCAACUUAACCUCUGCCAUCAAAAUCAGUUUUAACUUGAUUCCUCUUUUUUGAGUGUUAUGACAUGUUUUAUUUAUGUGUACGUUAUUUCUUUCAGGGUGGAUCAAACAGCUAGCUUCUCAGAUGGCCAGGCUCGAGCUGAUCUUAAGUUGUGUGUUUGGGUUUCUUCUUACCUUUGCCCACGUAGGUAAGUCCGCUUUACUUUUUAUUUGAUGUUUUAAAGCCUUUUUGUCACCACAACAAUUGCUCUGGUGAGUUCUGUCUGCUAUAAACUUGAAAUUAGGAUGAAUCUAUUUCCAAAGCUCGGAGUGCGAGCAAUAAAUGCCAGUCUUCAGUUAUAGAGCCGCACACCUUCAGUUCUUUAGAUAAUAUUUACUGUAUCUCCUUGUUUUACAAAAAUCUACAGAGGGAAGUCCUGAAGAUAAUCAUUGCAUAACCUACCCAGAGAGGAUUGAUGGAAGGCGAUCAAGAAGGGAUCUUUCAACUUCAGGAAAAGUUAGUCAAUAAACAAUUUCAAAAGAGGGCCGAAGUAUUUUUUCCAAGACAAAGAAAACUUUAUCCAAAGAAACAAUUAAACCUGAAAAGGACGCAUAUUGGUAACUGAUUAGAAACUAAAGGGGGUUUGAGGCCCGGAAGGGCACAUUUGAUAUUCGCAAAUGCAUGUCCAUUUGAAUGAAAUAAAAUGAAAGUUUAGGAAGAGGUCAGAUUAACAAGGAGUUCCGGCCACCUAAGAACAUCGACCGUUUUCUAGAAUGAUGUAACACUGCGCUGAUAGGGAAGUGACCUUGCAGCGCAAUUUCUUCCCUCAAGAAGGGCUAUCUCGACACGUCAGUUCCUGAUUUUUAAAAGUGGUCAGUAAUAUUACAUUUCUUUAGAGUGGUCAAAAUAUUACAGUUUGUUUCUCGCCCAUGAUCGAAUCUGCCGCUUUAAUGCUUUCCCGUCUGCGGAAUAUUUUUAAGCUUUCACUUGCUGGAACUAUGUGAGUGUAGUUUUUUUUGCCAAAUAUUCCGAAUUCACAAACGUUUCUGUUGUUAUUUUGGUAAUACCCAGAUAGCUGUUAAGAAAUCAGUUUGGAAAUGCGAUGAUUAAUUAUUGUCUCUUUACUUUCUCUCCUGGCCUACCCAGGCGACAAAAUAUUUCUGAACCAAUCAGGUAUCACAUGUGAGUAGGAACUAACUGUACAUCUUUUCUUGUUUUAGGGAGGUCACUCAGAUGAAGCUUCCUAUAGAUUGAAAGCUUUUAACCAGGAAUGGACCCUGGAUAUAAAGAGAAACAAGUAUAAAAAUAGCUAAAAAUCAUUGAGCUGGCUUUAAUAGUUUGCUUACCCAAUUUUGAUCAUAACCAUAACCCUAUAAAGGAAAUUUAAAAUUCUUAAGGAAACCUAGUGUUUAGUACCAAAGCUUUUCUUUUACAGGGUACUUAUUUCGCCACUGUUUUCAACGCGCACAUUUGCAAGUGAUGGCUCUGAAGUAUUGCAUAAGGUAUUUCAGUAUUAUUAUUUCACAAUAAUUUAAGAUCUUCGUACGUGUAUGAAAUUGUAGAUAACAUUUUUCAUACAUUCCUGGGGUUAAACAAAAAGCAUAUAUCAUGCCAUUAAUAAAUCUUCUGGGAUAUUGCAAAUUUCAGCCUUUUUCCGUUUUUCGGCUUACUUAAUAAAUAACAUCUUUUGGAGAAUCAUACCAUCAACUGACAAUACAUAACUCAUAUUGACUCGGUAAGGAAAAUGAACUCCCAUAGUCGAAACAAUAUUCAGUGUCAACAGCAGUCUUAUUCAGCCACAGGACUACCUAAAAACAUCCGGACGAUCAUCAUCCAUCUAUUGACUUUACUGCUGACUUCAGCCUGUUUGUGUUGUAUAUAUUUUUUGGAGAAAGGAGCCAAGUUUUUUGCGUUCACUUAAACUCCGUGCGCCAAAAAGUUUAGAAAACUUGUUAGGCUAAGUCAUAGACAAGCUUGAUAUUAACAUGAUAAAAAGACUAAAGUAAAAAAAGGCCGUUUAGGUCGUGUUUAUCAGAUAAAAGAACAAAAAAGAGUUUUAAUGUCUAAAUUGAUCUCUCGUACCAAAAAUAAUACGUUUUAAAAUGGAGAGUGCGAAUGUGAGAAUAUAAGAAAUAAACAUUAAAUAAUGGGUAUAUAACAAUGUUCCGAAAUACCUAACCCAUGCAUUCUUUCAGAACCUUAAUGUUGGUAUUCUUUCGUUCAAAACUAUCCUUUCAGGCAAUAGAAAAAAUUGCUGUAUAAGAAAAAAUCACUCAACUUUAAAAGCCAACAAUUCUUUAAAUGUUGAUGUCUUUAGCAGGUCAAUUUAAUUUAAAAUAAUGUUUCUUGCCUUAGUAAUACACACUGUGUGAAUUGAAAUAAAACGUCAGGUAAGUGUAGCAAGAAAAAGGAGUAUUUUCUAACUUUUGAGUUAUUUAUUGAAAGGGUGGAAUUGAAGAAUGCCAUUACCAGGGAACUAUCCGUGGAAAGAAGGACUCUACAGUUGUUCUAAAUACUUGCUCAGGACUCAGGUGAUCAGUCUUCCUACUAACAGUAUAAUAGUUAUUCUAUCCGCUACUAUAAUUAUUUGAAAUAAUCUACCGCUUAACACCUCUUUACCAUCAUAUUCGCAUCAGAUAGAUAACGUAAAAUUAAGACUGUGCCCUGUCCGUGUCAAAACGUUUGUUCUGCUUAAUUUAAUUAAGCUUUUUGCCAUAACGACCAAUCAAUAUUCUGGUUUUCGAAAUUUGAGGGUAAAUUAUAUAUAUAGUCUCAAUUUUUUUUUCGAUUUUAAUCUGCUGGUUUGUUUGAAAUGCUAAAUACAGCCUAUAAAUAUAACUUUCCCGGUCAUGUCGCUUUCGUUAUUUCCCACUUUGUUUUCCAGAUAAUAAGCAAUACAAAAAUUAUAUAUAUUUUUUUGUCUCUUUGAUAUCUUAGAGGAAUAUUAGACGAUGGAAAAAACACGUUCUAUAUUACACCUGAGAAUGAACACAAAGUAAGUGAGUUCAAUUUUUCCUACUAUGUGUUGGGGUUAGGUUAGGGUUAGUGUCAGCCUUAUCCUGACACAGCAUUCUUUAAAAAAAGAGAUAGACCCCGACCCCGCGUUUUACUGACAACCAUAUAUAAUUCAUUAUUGCUUCUUUAACCCUUUUCUCUUUCUUGUGUACAAUUCCUAAUCUCGCGCUUAUCAACAACGUUUACUUAGUUGAAAUAUGGUAAUCACACGUUGCAACAUCAGUGCGAAUUCGAUCACAAUUGAUUGUAAUUUCAAAUUUAAAUCAUAACUGUAUCGCUUGCAAUUGAGGAUGAUCGUAAACAUAUCUUGCUCAAAAUUCAAAGUUGUUGUUCAUUUCUACGGUUUCCUGUUUGUCUACUAUUUUCCAGAGAAGUUAGAACCAUAAAGGCAAACUGUUGCUUGCGAAACAUAGCGUACCGCCAGCCAGUAUUUAGGAAGAGUAUUUCUGACAAUCUCAGCGAAUGCGCCAAAAGAAGCCCUCUGGAGGAGAAAAUCUAAAUACCAUUAUAUGUAAUAAUUGAAAGUAAAAAAAGAGAAAUAUAUUAAAUAUCAUUAAUAAAAGUUGUUGAUCUAGUAUUUCCGGCAAGUAAUUCGGAAUUUUAUUAUUACUGAAAGUUGUCGAAAAAAGGAAGAAAUAUAGAGUUUAUUUGUCUGAAUUCUUAGGUCACUGGUGCUCAUAAGGUACUUCAAUCUAAAGCUAAAGAAGAUGACCCUACUGAUAUUCACAAGAACUGUGGUAAGUGGUACAUUUAAAAACAACUGGUCCCGACUUUUCUAACUAUUGUUGAGUUUGUAAGUAGAAAAUAUUUAGAUACAAAGUAUCUGUUUUCAUUUUUUUUAGGAAACGACGAGACGCAUAGAGAUUCCUAUAUCUUAGAAAAUAACUACGGGCCAUUUCCUAGGGUAACUGACUUGAUAAAUUUUGCUGUCAUUUUUCUUUUCUUAUUUCCAGGUUCCCAACCAUAGCAUAAAUUUUUUAGAUCUUGUUAUAAUGUUGGAAAAUCAAUAUCAGAUAAUCUUUCCUAGAAGAGUUUUUGAGACCUCUACUGUCAGGACAGUUUUUUUAAGGCCAGUUUUUUUUUAUCAGUAAAGUAACUAUCAGUAAAGUAGCCCCCAAGAAACUAAGAGUGCGACCAUUGUCUUUUUUCCUCUCUUUUCCUAUUUUUCCUUCGCUAGGCUCUCUGUUUGGAGAAAGGGUGAUAAAAUCGCGAGGAGAGGGAAGGGAAUGGGUGAGAACCUGUAGACACUGAUUUGGGAUUGCUAUUCCGCCUUCUUGUCUUGUAAUUGCCGAUCAUCCGUCAGCAAGAUCGUUAUCUGUCACUUGGAUACAUAAGAAUGUAAUCAAUUUCGCGUGUAAAAAGGGGGACGGUAGCCAGGGGUCGGCAGGCAACACACAACUUUUACCUCGUGCCAAAAUGCUUGCAAUGAGGUUUUUUCUCUGGCGUGUAGAUUAUGCUAUGGAGGGUUUGGUUUUAACUGAGAAAAUGUGAUUUUCUUAGAGGUCGUGACACGCACAUUAAGUUUCUGCGGUUAUUGUUUCUGGUCGGCGUGAUUUGCCCUCUGAUGCAAGAACAUUCAUUGCGGCUUAAAAAGCUCAUCAAAACAGAAGACCCCGUCAUCAGUCCCGGUAACUUAAGGGCCCGAAUCAGAAGACCCUCUAAUGAAGUCCAUUUUGUUUCGUUUGCUAAUAACUCUACUGUAUCAUUUUCCAAACUUUUAAAACUCUCUUCUAAAAUGGAAAACCUGUUUACAAGCGAUUAUUUAGACUGCUUGCAGUCCGCCUUUUCUCUUAAAAAUCCGUCUAGUUCUUAUCUCAUCCAGCCCGAUUACAAACCACGACGUUAUUAUUACAAUAAGGGAUUGAGACCAGACGAAAAAAGACGGACUGCUGACUCUUUUGUAGUCAACAAACCCUCCGUCAGCCCAGAAACGGAGUAACCGAUUGGUCAUGAUCAAUUGCACAGCUGUUGACAGAUAAUUGACCGGUCCGUGGUGAGAUUGCAAGCAAUAAAAAUAGUCACGCGUCACAACCAACUGCAAACAAUAGCGAACCAAGCAGUAAUCUCAGUAAUGAACUUUUAAGGAUAUCUUACAGAAGGAGACUGCUGUAAAUUUCCUCAAGGGACACGAAUUCAAGGCAAUCUUACCGGAUUUAAAGAAAGUGUAAUUUUUUCAGUUGUUUUUGUUCUAUUUAUAAAUCGUUUCAACUCACUCAGGUUUAUGAUUAAAUUACCUUGACACCUUGGUUGUCCCCAGAAAAAACAAAAGAGUCAGCAGUCUCUUAUUUCUUCUUCUCGGGCUUACGCCCUCGUUUCUCGCGAGUCCUUAGGUUUCGCGUGCAGUAACUUUGCAAAGAAAAAUAAGAGACUGCUCCUAGUCUAGCGAUUAUUUAAUUUAAAUCAAAUUCGCAUGAUACGUGCCGACCAAAAAAGCAAUGUAAAUCAAACCUGUCAACAGUCAGUGCUCUCGCCAAUAGGAGCUUACAUCAGGAUCUGAUGCGCAGGGGGUGCCGUGGAAAGACGGUCCCAAAGGUUUGUCUACAGGCUCUCACCUUUUCCCUUCCCUCUCCUCGCACUUUUUUCACCCUUUCCUUAAACAGAGAGCCUGUUCACAGGCUACCCCUUUUCCAGUCAAAAAAAAAAAAAUUCCGCAAGACAGGAAAACAAAGUGACUUACUCUUAAUGCUUACACUUUUAGACGGGAAUUAGGCCCUGCGUCUUAAACGUUUAACAAAAGACCUUUUUUCUAUGAUCUGCCUUUUAGGAAACUAGUCCAGUUACGUUAAUGCAUAUAGCAUGAAAAAGUCUGACGUUGUGCUCUGGGAGUCAGUAACAGCAGCUUUAUAACGUUUUCGUUCACCUGCAGGCUUCACCUUUUAAUUUUAGUUCGCUAGGCUAAUCCAACAGUGUUUAAUUGAUAAUUAAUCUUAAUGAAGAAGAGGAUUUAUCUUGAAUAUGUAACUGCAUUGGAUUAAGGUAGCUCGAAAGGGUUUUUAAGGGUCAAUACUUCCCAACUUUGAGCAUAAACUACGUUGCCUUUAACAAAUAUCUGGAAAAAUUACCACCACAGCUGUAUUAGACAAAGACAAAUUUUUCUAUGAUCAAGGCUACAAUGACAUCGGAGUUGUCAUAGCAACAAAAUGACGCCAUUACCUCUUUUACUUGCAGCCGUAUUUCUCGGCACUGGGAACUAUUGUUCCAAAAUCGUAAACGUUUCAUCGAUGUUCGUGAGGUUUGAGAGAAAUCUGUGGGAGCGUUUUCGAGAUAUUUUGAGAUGAAAUUUUUCUGGUUAGAAAUAGAGUAAAAAAUGGACAACCUUGAUGUUCGGCCGUUAUCUAUAGGAAACGAAAUCCUUUUGAAUUGCAAUCUCGCCUCGGUGUUGUCUUAUUUAUUUUAAAAUCGUGUGUGGAAGAUCAUAGGGACAGCUUUAGCCGAUUGCUUGAAAGAAAGAUUUGAUUAUUUAACCAUUUCUUUGCUAUGACCAUAGUUAAUUGAGUGGAUGGUUAUGAAACCCGUCAGACUCCUUUGUUAUAUGUUUUUGUGAACCUGAAAGUGCACAACGUUCAAAAGAAUUCCUAUCAUUUUGAUUGUAUUGACCAAUAAAAACGUUGCAUUAAUUUAUUCCGUAACAAUUUGCCAACAGAAAACAAAGGAUUGUGCACUUUCACGGUGCUUUGAACAUAAACUGGAGCACUGUUGUUUUUAUCAUUGAUGUUUGCCGCUUUUCAUAACCAGUCUCCUCUAAUAACUAUGCUAUGACAACUCCGAUGUCAUUAUAACCCUGAUGAUAAGGUAUUUUCAUCUUUAUCUAAUACAGUAUUGGUGGUAAUUUUUCCAGAUCUUUGUUAAUGGCAACGCGGUUUAUGCUCAGAUUUUGGAGGUAUUGACCCAGAAAAAACUCUGAGUUACUUACAACAUUAAAACAAGAUUAUAGAUUUUUUGAACAAUAUACACCAUCAGAAGAUCUUUUAUUUUUUUGGUGUAAAAAGCAGACUUGAAAUUUAGUAUCACCUUGCCUUUCAUCAUAUCCUUCAUUUACAGUUGUUACUCAUUUUUGACAAACAAUUUUUCAAUUGUUAGCAUUAAUCACCGUCAGUUUGAACUUCGCUGGAAAAACUGGGAUGUUUUUUCGGAGCAGCCAUUGUAUUAUACUACAUUUUUCCUCUUGAUUAUUUUAGAUACGAAGAAGCAUAUCAAACACGGAUGACAUUUACAAUCAUUACCUGGAAACGAAUGCAACACGAUACACCGAACUGGUGGCCGUAGCAGACUUUAGAAUGGUAACAACAGAAAUGUAAAAGAAAAGCUUAUGUUAACGAUGUACCUUAGUUUCUCAUUACGUUCUUUUCAUUAUAGUACCUGAAGCACAACAAUGACACCGCAGCUAUAAAAGACCGAGUGAUAACAUUGGUAAACGCCGUUGAUGCAGUAAGUUAUAAUCAUAUUGAGAAAAAAGUACAUUAGCUAGCGAAUUCCUCCAUGAAAUUCCCUAGCCUGUAUACAGCCGCCCCCUCCCGUCAAAGAAUCGGAGAUGGGGCGUCUGUGAUUCACCGCUGCUAAUCGUGUAUGGAGGCCACGUGAUUUUCCCCGGAAUACGUGGAAAAUUAUUUGAUUGGCUAUUACUCAUAAAACACUGCAUCAUGUAAAUGAAGGAUUUUGAUUGGCCUUAGGUCGUGUCGUCAAAACAUAGCACGCACAGAAAAUUAUGACAUUCACGGACAGCUACACGUAUGUAGCUAUUCAGCUCUAGCGAUUUCGGAGAAAAGAAAAGAAACUAAAAUCUUUAUUGGAAUUUUCUUUAGCCUAAAAAGCUGUGGGUUUCAAAGCGGUCAACGCAUCCUGUCACAACAACACAGCUACAGAAACAAUAAAACCACAGUAAAUAAGUCAAUAUGCAUGAGACAUACCAGCUUUUUAACCUCUGAAUGCAAGAACCAAAGGCAAAAAUAUGCUUUGUUCAGUCAAAGUUUAUGGUACCCCAUGCACCGGGGUUCAUAAUCUACGCGCUGGAAAGGAAAAGAAGAAGAAGGAAAACCUCUAUUGCUCAAGCAAACGCUAAGGUCACGUUUCACACUAUUACGAACUUAUGAGUCGCAUCUGACCUGUCAACACUUUAUUCAAAACUAAUGACUUUCCGUAUUCACUGGGAAGGCUUGCAUACGAUCAUGGAUCUAUUCCUUUAAAAAGGGCUUGUAAGAAAAGUUUUCUUUCUCGGUAUAGGGUAAAGCGAUUUUAAUAAUUGUCUCUUUCUCAAUUGCUCGAUGGAAUAAGUCACACGCACCGGAAUUUUGAGACAUUAAACAUGAGCCGCCGAAAUUUUAGUCGGCGCCUUUAUUAUUUCUAAUUUGUUUAGCAUUAUUCCCAUACACGAUUAGCAACGGUCACAUACGCUCCUUCUCCAAUUUUUCUGAGGGGAGGGGGUGGCUGUACACAGGUAGAAAUUCCCUAACAUUGUAAUCUGCGUGUCGUGCACUGGAAAGGAAAGGGAAAGGCGAUUAGUUCAUUCUCAUAAGGUUGCAAGGUCACGCGAGGGCGCCUCAGUCACUUCCCCCUCGCGCACACCUCGCACGCCUGAUUCUAGCUUUCUCCCCCUGUCCCGUUUCGAGUGCGUGCCAUGAAAACUGCUUAAAUUGAUGUAAGUCUAGUUCAUGAUCAAUUGUGUCAAGUACCCUUGAGUAGAGAUAAAAAAUCAUGUAGUAGAUAAUUCCCCAGUAAACGCAUUAAUGCUUAUUUAGUUGUCACUGUUUUUGUUGUCGUUGUUGCUAUUGUUGUUAUUUUUUAUCAUAUUAACCAAAAGGUCAUAGGGGCCUGUUGGGAGUACUCGGUUUUUACUUCCGACCAGCCUGUGUCACUAAGUGAAAAAUCAUCUUUCUCAUAUAUUCACCAUAACAUAUAAAUCAUUGCGCAUAAACACAUAUUGAUAUUCUAGUCAUGGCAGUAUGCAAGAUGUUUGUCGCAUGAACCUAGUUUAGUGCCCUUAGCUCCCACGAGUCUCCAGUGCAGCUUAGUGGUAGAGCAUCUGGACUAGUCACCAGUGGGUCAUAAAUUUGACUCCUAUUGGGAGUACCGCCGCCCGUCACUGACUGAAUAAUCUUAUUUCCCAUUUAUGUCAACUAAAAAGAAUGCGGAUGCAUUGAAUGGUUUAAGUUGAACAUACUCAGUUUGGGCUCUUCUCAACUCUCUUCUAAUUUCCCAUUUUGAUUUCAAAUGCUUUACUAAUUUCCUUUCUUUUCUUGAAAGAUUUAUCAGCGAAUAAAUAUUAGAAUUGUAUUCAAAGCUUUGGAAAUCUGGACAACAGGCGAUCCAUUUGAACGUCAGAAUAAAGGUGGACCUGAUCUUAGCGCAUUUAAUAAAUACCGAAAAGAGCAUUUGCAGAAGAAAUUUCCUCAUGACAACGCACAGUUACUGAGGUACAAAACUUCUGUCUGCGAAAUAUACGCCCUUAGUUAUGAUAAAUCAUAAUUAGAAUCGUACCGUCUGUACCGGUAAAAUCCAUUUCUUGUCAGCUCUCAUGUAGCUGCUAUCAAGCCUCUUACGUAGACGUUCUAAGGGUUAGUCAGACGUUCCUUGCCCACGUUCGCUGGGAAGGAUAAAAGAACUUCUGCGCGAAAGGCUAUCAAGUAGGCUAUGCUUGCAAAUUUUCUAGAAUUAUCUGGUAAGAUUUAGUAUAUAUUGGAAAACUAGUUGAAGACAUUUACAUGAAUUUUGAUCCACGUCUGAAGACUAAUAGCUCUUUCUCAGACAAAAGGUCCUCAAACAUUGUCCUUCAUCUCUUGGUGUUAAUUCAUCCUCAAUUUGAUAAUAAAUCUUUUGCAAUGCAAAAAGGUCCUCUCCCUAACUUCAAAAUAAAAAGGCUAAGAUAAAGAACCCCAUUUUUUCACCCCGUCGCUGUGGCAGGCAGGUCUGAAAUUCCAAUAAUUUAGAUAAAAUGUAGUAGUCAUUAUCCAAUGGUCUAAUUUAGAAAUUCAGUGGUAAGCAUUAGCUGGUAAGAAUUACUAACAGUUUUUUGACCGUUGAGUAAAUCACCUGGUUGGAAAAAGUUCAUAUUCAGAUCCUUCAGCAAUGAAACAAAUAUUGUAGAAAUGCUUUGUGAUUCAGUUCAUGUCUCUUUUUUACCUCAGUGAAUGGGGCUGGUCUGACUGCGCUGGUAUGGCCUAUGUCUUUGGAAUGUGUGGCUCAGUAUCAGCCGGAGUCAACAGAGUAGGUUAACAUCAUUAUGUUGUUAUGACCAUCGAUAACAACAUUUUUUCUGCAUGUUUGGUGUGUUCGAAUUUUCAGAAGUAGUAUCAAUAAUGGUAGCGCCCAUAACUGAUUCAAGUGAAUGUUCUUCAAGAGAGGCACCCCCGCUAUGAAGGCGCUAAAUAAUGAAAUGAUAAACUCCUUGGUUCUAUCUAUAAAUCAAAAACGAAUUUUUGUCCAGCAAGUAUUGAAUGUUAUUACUGGAAUGAUAUUACUAUUCUCAUGCUGAAGACUAGACAAUAAUUCAAAUGAAAACACUUCAUCAGUACUUGCCUUCUCCAUUUAGUCGCUUUUAAAGUUAUACACUGUUUUAACAGUAAGUCUUAAAAGAUAAAUGUGAAGUGGAGAGAAUACAAAAUAACAUAAAACACUACACACCCACCCACACAAAACUAACCAGCGCUGACAAAAAUGCAUGUAGCUGGGCAUCAGGCUCUUCGUAGAUAACUUUAUUAAUUUGGUCCCCUCCUCCUCCUAUUUAUGUUAUAGUGGAGUAUGGGGAGUAUUAUUGGCCCUUACGUAACAGUUGCUCAUGAGAUGGGUCAUAACUUUGGAUUCAGUCACGACACAGGUAUGUUCUCUCCAAAGUGGGAAAAGUGGGGGGGGGGGGGGGAGGGGGGCGGUUGGUAACAAUAUCAGAACCAUGCCUUUGACAGCUCUUUUGUCCUAAAACUGACAGGGUUCAGUUUCUAUUUUUCUAAUAGUCCAAGUUUCCUUUGGCAAAACAAUCAUUGGUUGUUCAAUAGUACUUUUUUCAUAUAGUAACUAACCUUAGGAUUACCCCCACACCGAAAUGUAAAAAGAGCAACCCGUUUAUGAUGCUUAUUUCAGUACUUAGCGUACUCAUUCAAAUCUUACUUACAUUGUGUAAUACAAAACAAAUAACUCUCUGACCAAAUUGUUAACGAUUUUAGAGUAAUUACGUGGUUGAUGAUUAUUAAUUAUUGAUCAUAACUGAUUAAUUCCUUUUUUUCAUAUCUAGGAACUUGCAAAUGUUUAACACCACGAGGAUGUAUUAUGGGUGGACACAAGUUAGUACAGAUAUUACAGAGUGCAGUGGCGGAUCCAGGGAAGAGGCCUGGAGGGCCCGCCCCUCCCCCUAUUUUUAGAACAAACUGAGGCCGGAUAAGCCGAAAAAAAUUUUGGGAGACCGCCCUGCCCAUCCCCCCUCCCCCCCCCUUCCCCUUUAUCGUAAGGUCUGGAUCCGGCAAUGCAGUGUAAAGUUAUACACUUCCUGUUUACCAUUUGGUUGAAUACUGUUUGUACAAUAAGCUUAGAAAUGUGAGAAUUUCUUUGCCAGAAGACCUCUUUUUGCCGUAUGUGUUUUUAGUAUUAUUUUUUUGUUCGUUUUUAACUUUAAUUGUUCUUUUUUUGCUGUCAUCAUUGUUGUUUUCCCACAAGGCAAUUUCAAGUCGGUGGCUUAUCAACACUAGAAAAAAAUUAAAUGUUGGACCCGAGGAUUGCCGAAUUCUUUUAUUGCUUUAAAUGUUUUCCCAGCGAAAAAAUCUUUUGGCAGACAGGAUAAACAGGAAAUUGUACUUAACUGUACUACAUGUACUUUUCUUUCUUUAUUGUUUGGAAAAAAAUUCAGAACAAGAGUUCCAGGAUUUUCAAACUGCAGCAUGAACUCCCUCAAAAGACUUAACGACUGGUGUUUGUAUAACGUACCAACUUACAAGGUAUGAAUUAACUUCUUUUUUUUUUAAGAAUAAAUAAUUGCCUGAAAAUUUACCUAACAGUGCUCGUUUCGUUGGCUAAAUCGCUGUCACAUGACGAAGAAUCGGACACUAAAAUUGCUUCGUGUGUAUAUACUAAAACAAUUAUUCUUUUCAAUCUCGGUGAAUAGUGGCUUUAGGAAUAUUUACCUCGAAAUAUUCAGCCACUAUUCACCUCGAUUUCAAUCUAAUUUCAAAGAAUAAUUGUUAAUUAGCUCACUCUAUAAACUACCAGCACAAAAUCUAAGGAAUAUCAUUCACACCUUUAAGAAAUGUCAGCAUUUACGUAUGUACUGUUUAUCGUAUUUUGUCGAUUUAAACUCUGCAUUAUGGUAUACAGUUUAUUUGAAUCAUCUUUCCAUCGUAUUCUAUUAGCUUUUUAUGCCCUAAUGGGUUUCUGAUUGGUUUGUUUAUGUUGUGGUCCAAUUUUGUCCUUGGCUACCUUUUUUUGUUUUUGGGUAAGGCAAUGCAUGAUAAAAGACAAAAAGGUCAAAUAUUGUAUCACAACAUGUACAACUGGAUCGUAUAGACCUAUGGUACUUACUCGGAAUUCAGUUUUAAAUUUUGAAUCGCAAGAAUACGUACAAAUAAUUUUCAUUUUGAGAUCAUGCAUGAUCUGAUUCCUAAACACAACAUAGUCCUGCGAAGAAACUACUGCCAUCAAUUAGUUAGAUAGAUAGAUAAUCUUUAUUUAUUCACGGUACAAAAUUCGUCAGCUUUAAAAAUGCCUAAUACUAAUAUUCUCUUAAGUUACAAGGAAGACUGUUCCAGAGAAUGGCGCCACUAUAGCUGAAGCUGUUUUUGUAAUAGUUUGUGCGCGGUAAUGGAAUAUUGAGUUUAUUUUCAGAGUCCCUUAGGUUAUAUAAUUUUCAAAUUUAGAACUAAGAUAGUUUGGACCAGUUUUUAGUAGUGUGUUUUAUUGAUUAGAAAUGUUCUGUUUUGUAUUUUGAAUGAACUAUUACAUUUAUUUUUUAGUCUUUCAAUAGUUAUUGUGGAAACGGAAUUCGUGAAGAUGGAGAGGAAUGUGACUGUGGCACACCCGAGGUGUGAGCAACACUGUUAUAGCUAAGUAAUGAUUAGUAAUAUGUAGUAAAUAACCCCCUUUGAGUGUCAGUUUAUAUUGGAGAAUAACGCCUGCGGCUGAGAGAUUGUCCGACCUGAAUUCUAUUUUAAUGAAACUGUGAUUGAUUUCGUGUCAAAUAAACUUUCGCAACGCCCCAUAAAACUCGAAAAACAGCGCCUUCUUAGAUUUGUGGACCGUUGGCAAACCUGGCUUUGUUGCUGUGGAUGGCGAGCGCUGAGGAAUAGUUGGUUGUGCACUGGACGACUCUUUUAAUGGCCGGGAACGUUUUUUCUCUCUUCUCCCCAGUCUGAAAUUCAGACAAAAACGGCUCAUUUAAAACACUGUAAUAUUCUUUUCGGAAUUUCCAUAGAUGACAACUAUGCGAAACCUUUAAAGACUCCAACCGUAAAUUAUGCUACGAUUUUGAAUAAUUGAACAAUAAGAUAUCUUUGUUACCUCUUAGUGUUGAUGCCAUUAGAAAACAGACCACUCUGUGGAGACAAGUAAAACAUUCCUCGAGUGAAAAUCUAAAAGAAAAGUUCCGAAGAAUAAGGCAAUCCUUUGAAAACUGGGUCCGUCUUGGGAGAAAAGCUUAUUUAUCGAAUAUUGUGGAUGAGUCCGGCCUUAGCAAAUCAAAAGCCUAAUUUGGUCGUACGGCAGUCUCCGAAAUAAAAAAACUUCUUUUCCCGGGAAAUAAAAGUUUAUUUUAGGAGAAACAAAUAAUAGAUGACCAGACUCGAGUUGAAGUCUUCAACGACUACUUCAAAUGUGAGGGGGAGGGGAGGGGGGGGGGGGGGGGGACACAGGGUGGUCACAACCUCCCGCCUCCCGUACCUCUUACCUUUUUGUCCCUUUGUCUUCCGACUCCUGCAACGUUUAAAGAUCGGAAGCCCGGGUUUAGUGUUAAAGCUGUGGGGGUAAUUUGUCAAAGAUAAAAAUUGUCACAAGUCAGUUUUCUUUGUUAAACUGAGUUUUCACCAACCUGGUUAUGAGGUUUGACCAUCGCUUCUGACAUCCCACUACAGCGACAAUAGUCUCAGUCCACUGUGCAGUGUAACUGCUAUUGCAGUUAUAAAAAAUGCAUUAACAUGCAUUUAGGAAUCCAGAAAUUACCGGGAUCAUGCAAUUUAAAAAUGAAGUGGAAGAGCCAAACGUUACGGUAGAGUUCAGCACUCCUGUCUCAGCCUGUUUAGUUCCCAGCGUCUAAUUUUACUUAUUGUAGCCUGCAAAAACAGCGGCUUCUCCUCGCUAUUCCCCUCUAGGGACAUUUCGUGAGACGUCGUCAGCGGCGAAGAACGAGGAGAAACGGCUGCUCUCGCAGGCUAUACUAAUUGCAUAUCUGCCGCCGUUACUUUUCGUUAUUUCUUGUAAGUAGUCGUAAGCUAUAAAAAAAACUAACUUCAACGAAUGAUUCAUAUCACUACACAAGAACUGCAUGUUCGUUCACCGUUUACGUUUUCAAGUGUUCAGUUUAGUGCUGGUGGAGGAGUGUUGUUGUUCAGCCGGUUAUCAAAUUUCAAUCCUAUUCAUAUUUGCUCGAGGAGUUGUAUAUUUCAUCAAACCUCGGCGGGGAGGUUUAGCCGUUAUAAAUUCCUAUCCUAUCGUAUUUCAAAGACCCCUGGGAGGAAAAAGCAAUGUUGUUGUUCAUAAACUCAAAAUAACGCAUUUUUUUGAUUUAAAGAUUUAGAUUUAUUUCUUUGUUUUUAAAAAUGUCUUAAAAUCAUGACAUAUUGAUAACUUUGACGCUUUAUUCUAAGUUGUUGGAAGAGGAUCGGAAUCGAAAAGACCCAGGGUGUUGUUCAUAAACUCAAUCCGUUUAUGCUUUGUUUUUUAAAUGUCUUAAAAGGACAUAUUGACUUUGACGCUAAGUUGUAUGAGGAUCGGAAUCGAAAGAGGGGGUAUCGUACACGGAUGACGGGAAUUAAAAUCAAAUAAAAAUUCGUGAUAUAAAAGAAACUUGAAGUUUCGAUGGCAUCAUGUCAUCAUUAUCAACAGAUAAGAAAUUAACAUGACUUGUGAUAGUAUUUAUAAAAAAAGAAAGGGCGAAAAGUGCAUGUAAAUUUAAGCGUGAAAAUGGACAAAUUACUAUUGAAUGAAAAGUUCGCACGGAUGGAGUCCGCUUAAGUGUUGAGCUUAGGUCUUUUAUCUGUUAUAAUAUCAAUAUCUUGUAUAUCAAACACUGUAGUUUCCCUCGGCAUUUCUUGAGGACCGUGAAUUCGCGAAUACCGAAGUCUACAUUAGGAGAACUGGCUACACUUCAUUAUUUGGAAUCCUUCAAUGUAGUGCGUAUGUGCAAGAACAAGUAGUUUCAGUCUCAUAAGGCAGUGACAUGUACACAGACUACAUAACACACUGCUCACAUCUGUGGCCGGACAACUCUGACUAUUCGUGCCACGGAGAAAAGCUAGUACAUCUUCAUCAUAACUCAGGUCUUCACUCACAUUAGAAUCUGUGUAUUCUUGCACUUGUUCCGAGUCAUUGGAAACGUCAUGUUGAUCAUGCCCCUGAAUGUCAGAAGCUGUAGUUUCUACAUCAUCUGGAAAAGGUUGAGUAGGGAAAACUACUUUCUCUGCUGAGGAAUGUUACAUAUAGAAGGGAAAUGUUCCUGCCUUAAACGUUGUUGUCUCUUGACGCACGCUGCGCUGACGGACGGCCCUAUCAUUAUCAGAAGCCAAUUCUGUCAUCUGGUUUUUUUGUCUGUUAUUGAACUGCCUCAUUGGCCUAGGGUGCCUCAUUUUUGGAAAUGGCAUCAAAAGGUGUUGCUUGUUCGACAACUGGACAAUACGAUGGUUCAUCUGUAAAAUAGUCAGCAGUCCAAGUAAAAACUCUCUUUAUACUUUCAAAAACAGUGUGCACCAAGUUGUGUGCAUACUGCAAGGUGGUCUGUAGUAGGUCGUUAAGGUGGCUCAUUGCAUCAGGGGUCUCCACUUAGACCGUCAGGCACGUGUGAAAAUAACUAUGUAAGUUGGAUUGAGACUGUCAAGGAACUUGUAGAGAUCUUUAAGGCUCCUCAGAAUCAUGCUGACAGAUGACUUUGUUUGGUGGGAAAUGGUUCCAUGUUGACCAGCAGGCAUGAACGAUUCGUCAAGUUGAUCGAGUACACAUUUAUUUGCUUCUUGUAAGUAGCUGUGGAAAACUUCCACGUGUCUGAUCGCUUCUGUUAGGGAAAGCUGUGCCGUUGUUUGGUGCUUGAAAUGGACUGAGACUGCUUUGUUCAACAAGCCAAGAUGUUUUAGAAAUCCAAUGGUGUCUUUGAUGGAAGUAAUAAGCUUAAAGCUACCUGCUUGGGCGUCUGUUACAAAGAUGUUCUUGUCCAUCUCAACACAAAGUCAUACGCCCAUUCGUUGAGAGAAUGAUGCAUCAAUGGACUUGCCAUUGGAAUUCCGCUCUUUUCCGGUGCCCAUAACAAUGAAGCCCUGCUCCCCAGGGGCUUUGACUUUACUUAGUGACUUGCUGUGUCUACAAACACAAUACCUCGGUCGUAUGCAUCAACAUGAGUGCUUUCAAGACAGUCGGCAGUUCUGUUGUGCGACAAAACGUCAACACUGAGGCUGGACAUUUCAACUCUUUCAACUCCACUUGGAUUACCUUGAUGAGAAAUUUAGAGAACGUUAUAAUUGUUGAGGCACAUCUCUAAAAGCUAAAAAGUCAAUUUUUGUUUCCUGCAGAGUAGAGUAAGCAGAGAGAAAUUGGCAUUAAUUUAGCUAAAAUGAUUAUUACCGAGUUGGACGAAAGUCCUCGCCAGUUUCCGAGGCUCCUCUUACGCAGCCCUGUUCCCUUUUAAGGAAUGUUUAGUUCCACAUUUCACUGUUUUGGUGUGCCGUGGCUUUGAAGGCCAGCCAAGCUUGAAAAGAAGAAGUUUUAAAUUUGAUGUUGAUGAAAAAGGCGACCAUUUUGUGUCGAUGACGCAUAACGAAAGCAUGGAAAAAAACCAAGGCGAAUUUUCAGACGAACAAAGCUAUAACAAAAACACAAAAAUGUACAAAACCAGCAGCAAAUCACGGCUCUCGAAUUUUUUACUCUUAAAAUUGCAUCCUGAAUGCAAAGCGCUGUUCCAAUUGGCGGCAAACUGACUAGAUAUAUGGUACGAAAAUCAGUCUCUGAGAGUAAAGAAGCUGCCACCAAUGAAGAAGGAGAUCAGCUUCUCUACCAAUCUUUCCCUUGUUUCCACCAAUCAUUCAGUGAGAGCUACUGCCAUAACCUUGUGGGCAAAUGCUGGCCUCACAAAUCAUGAGAUCUUGGCAAUAUUUGGUCACUGCAACAAGUCGAACCUAUAAAGCUAUCACAACAUGUCGUGGGCGCAACAACUGCGUAAAUGCAGCGACGCGCUCAGUUCAGUACUGGGUGAUGACCAGUCAACGGAGCAGACGCCAAAUCAGGUCGUAAGGCUUCCACUGCAAGAACUACAAGUUCCUUCCAUAAGUCCUUCCAUUAACACUUCAAUCUUCACAAAUCAGCAUAGCACUUCGGAGGUCAAGCAGCUGUAGUUCAAUCUAUGCACGAUCGGAAAUGUUCAAUGUAAUGUUUACAAUGACAAGCCAUAAAUGUAAUGACUUCCAGUAAAACAGCUUUUAUAUAAAGUUUUCAAUGGGUUCAAAAACUCGUUCUUGUUAGGAGAAGUGCUGCUGUUUCUUGUUCUGUGGACUGUGACGUUUUGUGAAAGUUUAGCGAUCGGUCGAUUACUUUUUCGGUGCGAUUGUAUCGUUAGUUAUGAUUGGCUUAUGAUGACUUUAGAGAGAAGACACGACUUGAUCAUGCUAUUAAUUAACAAGUAUUGAAUGAGGCUGAGUAUCUUAUGAAGAAUUAUGGAGAUCGAGGAGGCUGUUAUCCGUCGAGGACGUAGGCCGAGGCGGAUAACACCCUCCGAGAUCUCCAUAAUUCUUCAUAUGAUACUGAAAGCCGAAUUCAAUAAUUGUUUUAUUAUUCAUUCAAAAGAAUUCUCAGUUUAAAAACGUGGCUAAAACAUGCUUACCUCCAUCGAUCCAUCGAUGUUAAGUUGAUCUUCGAUAGUGCACGUUUAGGUUUGUGCAGCUCCGCAAAUAUUCUCCAAAUAGCAGAUGUCGCCCUUCGAGUUGUCUUCUUCCUGUUCUUGCCAUGUUUUUAGCUAUUUUUUCGCCUAGUUCUUACUCUUGAAACGAGCGAAAUGUCCGCCAUUUUUCAAGUUCACAAGCACAACAACUCAACCUCGUUCCCAGGUCUUCUCGGUUAACGGUGCCUUAACCUGCGAAAACGCUGCAUUUUUGACGUCAUUUCCUCGUUAAACACAAAAUUCUUCCAAAUCUGGUCAUCAGUAACUGGUUAUGGUGAAUUAAACGCGUGCUUUUAGCCAACCAGAAUCGAGAAAAUAUUUUAAAUGAAUAAUAAUAUUAUUUUUUUGCUUACAUGACUCCGUUCUUCCCAAGUUAUUUUUUAAAAGCAAUAGAGUACAUUUUCUAUGGGUUCACUGGCGUGAUAAUCCACUUGGGAUGUUGAAAGAACACGCGAAAAGCUUGUACACUCUUUUUUUUUAUAAGAAUAUAUUUUAUAAGGAUAUCGAGGUUGAAAUUUGCGAAAUUUUAAGAAUAUUUUAAGAAUAAAGUCGAGGCUGAGAUUUUGAGAAGGAUAGAUAUAAUUUUGUGUCUUGAAACAUCUGUAAAUACAAUACAAUUUUAUGUUUUUAACUUAACAGUAUAAAAUUAUUCCUUUCUCUGAACAGCGAAACUAGCCAACAAAACGAAAAAACCUGCACUAGCCAUAGCAAAAUGAUCAACGCUAAUGAUAGUUCGAUGAACGGUAUAUGUAAUACGGUACAGUAUUCAGCAAAAAAGACGUAAUUUGACUGCAACGAAAAGCGAUGGAACAUGUGCACAAUGUAACUCGAUACAGAUCUAGAUACCAAACACUUGUAAUUGAUACCCCAAUAAAUUCUAAAACGGAAAUGUCAUAAGCUAUAAUUUAAGAAUAAUACAAGAAUAUUUUCAGCCUAAAAUCGGCAGAAAAAUAAGAAUAUUCAGCCUGGGCUGGAAAAACAACGUUCUUAUAAAAAGAGUGUACAUCACUCGCCUUCGGCUCGCUGAAGUAUUCAACAGCAUUGUCUUGCGUCUUGACCAGGAUAUUCAGACUGGCAAUGUCUACUUGGAUUUAUAUAAGGCCUUCGAUUCAGUUUGCCAUGCGAGGUUUCAAUGAAGCAAAUUGAAAUCAGUGGUCUUUCACUUGACUGGUUCCAAAAUUACCUAAAUGAGACGAAGCAGUGUAAUGUGAUAAAUGGUUGCCAUUUUUCAUGGGCCGAUGUUGUGCUCAUAAUUUCACUUUAACUGGAUUUUGCAAUUGAAAAUAAGAAAUUAAAAACUGAAGGGAGGCUCAUUUGUUUUUACUCUUUUAUCCUUUCUUGCAACUGAAAAAUCAUAAGGCAAAUGUCGACGCGCGGGCGUGGUGUAUUGUCAUUUAUAACCCACUGAUUAAUUUUCGCGCGUUUUUUGGCUAUUUUAAGUUACGUGGUUGCAAAUUGUAAUUUGAGUCAUCCUUUAUUGUCAGGCCUUUUAUAACUCAAGUAAUUUCCGGUCAGUUCAACCUGUUCUUACAGCUGGGCCUCACGGCAAGAACACAAUUUCUGUAAUAAACAAUAACAGUAAAUUUGCAUAAGAAGCUAUGGUCUCACUUCAGAGCUGUACAGAGCUACAGCACUAGAAACACAAGAACAGGCCAACAAAACUGCUUAAAACCUACUGUACCCUCAACAAAUUUUAGAAAAAUGCAUUGAAUUCGCCAUAUGUGAGAUUCAACGUUUGAACUGGGCCACACUUGAUUGACUUUCAAUUCCAAAUCAUGAGUCAGCCGCACCUUCUUUGGCAAAAUUAUUCACGUCAAAUAUAACCAAUUAUCUUCACUCCUUAAUGGAAACCAGAUUUGUUGAUUAGGACUCGCCAGCCUAAAACAAACAGUUACUCAUAUCUUAACUCAUAACUUCCUCAGAUAUGCCUUGCUAAAGAUCCCUGCUGCGAACCACACAACUGUGUCCUGAAAAAAGACGCUCAAUGUAGUGAUUUACAUCACUCAUGCUGUCAGGGAUGCCUGGUAAAGUUCGUUAUUAUUAUUAUUAUUAUUUUUCUUGGAUUUGACCGUUAAUGAAGAACAAAGGCAAUGCCGUUUCUUUUUAUAUGAUAUUUUUUAGUACAAAAAACAAGGAACAUUAUGCCGUGGAGUAAAGACAGAUUGCGAUGUGCCAGAAUAUUGCCCUGGGGAUUCUAGAGACGUAAGUACAUUAUCAAAAUUUUUACCUCCUCUCAUAAAAUUACCUUGAGUACUAUAACUCGACCUUCUUCUAAUUUAUUAGACAAUAGUGUGGAAAAAGGAUUCACCUGCAUAAUCUGUUAAGUUCUGUUUAAUGACGCGAGCACUCGAUUAUUAUUAUCAGGAUUUUUUAAGGGGGUUAAUGGUGAUUUUAUUUUUCAGUGUCCAGCAGAUAGCUUUAUUCUCAAUGGAUAUCCCUGUAAUCAGACCAAAACGGUAUGUUACAAACAAUAGAAUGCCAGCUUCAGAUUCUCAACUAUUACCUGUCCAUGAAACUUAGUCUGGUUAUUAAAGAUGAGGGUGAAUCAUCCUGAUCACCCAUGCACCUUUGAGACGGAUGUUGUACGUUGCUAGAAUCAGUUUACCUUAGAUGAAUGCCGUUGCUUAACAAUACCUAUGAUAUGUAAGUGGAAAGGAUCCUUUCUGCGCAUUUGAAUAAGGAACCUAAGAGGUUGAAAAAUAACCUGAAAAAAUUUAGGCAUAAGAACCCCGACCUUUGCGAUUACCAAACGCAACGCUAAUCAAGCCAACUGGAGAACAGGCCAUUGUCAGUUCGUAAUAUGCCCAAUGGUGGAAAUGACUUCAAUGGAAAUAUAAAAAAUGAGUUGCCUUUUGAACUACUUGAUUCAGGAUCAUUUCCCGUUUCGUAUCUCUAUCUGCAGUUCACAUUGGCCUGUUCGCCAGUCGGCUUGAUUGGCUUAUAAAAAGAGAUAGAUCGUUGCGUCCGGUCAUCGCAAAGAUCAGGGUUCGAUUUCCGGUCAAAAUUUUUUCAGGUCAGUCUUUUUCAACCGCUUAGGUUGUUUAUUCAACUGCGAGGACCAUUUCCUCUUUCAUAUCUUUAUCCACAGUUCAAAAUAUGACUAGUUUUUUAAAUUUCCAUUCAAUACUUAUGAUAUAGCUUAAUUGAUCACAGAUAAUGAUCUGCUCAUUUGCUUACUAUGCAUUUUCUCACGCUGCAUCUGCAAAGGAAACCAUAGCCUGAGUAUCAGGCGUUUCUGGGGGAAAAGGGGAAAGAUGGAAGCGAAAAAGGGAGAGAGUUGAAGGAGAGAAACGCCUGACACAGAUGCUUUUACUGGAGCAGUUCCACCCCCACACAGCAUGAUUCGAAACCAUCCAAUCAAAAUCACAUCCGGUCAUUGGGUUGUCAGCUUCACGUGUCAAAAAGCUCGCCUAAAAUAAAUCUCACCAUACGGUCUUGCCGAGCUCCGGUGCUUGUGUUGCUACGAUUUCGCUUUUUCUGAAACCUCCAAUGAGGAGUUUUCGAAUACUUGUGUUGGAAAACCUGCCGUUUUUGAGGAAUUAUAACAUGUUUUAGGAAUUGUGCUAAUGUAAAAUCGCCAACGCUCUGUUUGUAAAUAGACGUGUGCCCGGAAAACUGUAAACUGCUUUUGUUUACAGAGUUACAACAGCGGCGCUCAUUAAUAAGCAUGUUCCUGAGAAUCUGGCAGCUAAAAAGCUGCUGUAGUUCAGGCCGAAAAUCGUCCGAGGAAAAAUCUAAAGUCAAGCUAAAGCCUUGGUGCUGUCGGCUAUUCUCAAUACAUGGCUACCUCGCUUUAAUUUUAUUUACAGUAACAAUACCCUUUUAGUGGCAGGAUGUUGUAAAUCAAAACUUAGAUAUCUGAAGCACUGAUAUCGUCUUCUUUGUCCUGGUCUUGUGAAACCAAUACUCGGACAUAGUUUCGGCAGAAGCUGGUAUAUGAGGCUUUUCCAUACUCCGAGAACAUCUUUCCUCUUAACUACGAGGCUUUGAAAACACAUUUCUUUCUGCUCGGGUGUUAUUUUUAUUCCCGGAAAGAACUUGAGAGCGCCCUUCAGAGUCUCUUUGAAUUCCUCUCUGCGUCUCUAUCCAUAAAAUUAACACAUGAAAUCAAAACCCUCUGCUCGUGUUUACUUGCGGUCGGUGACGUCAGGGCGUAUUGUGUGUUAUCCAAUCACUGCCACACCCAGAUUCUGGAUGUGUCACACGAUUUGCUGAAUGGUUUUGUGUCAGGCCUUCCUUUCUCUUCUCCCCCCUCCUCCAUCAAAAAUCUCUCCUCCCCUAUCCCCUUAAGAAGGCCUGAUACUCAGGCUAACGAAACCACAAUUAACUUACAUCGUAAUGUAAGCGAACUUACAAUAGCAUAACCAAGAUUUAGCAAAAAAGUAAUAUAAGCGACAUAAACAUCUGUGGAGCUAAGCAAGCAAGCUGCCCUAGUGCUGUUGUAAGAAAUGAAAACUGUGGUUGUACAAAAUCCUCGACCAGUUCUGCCUUGUUUUGCUUCUUUCAAAAAUAAAUCCGGCGCCUUUUUUCAAAAAUCUUACUUCGGACUGCUAGGACUGAUGAUCUCCGUUUCAUUGGGAGCUUUCCUCAAUAGGGCUGCCCUCUAACUCAUUUUCAAAUGAUUAAUUAAUUAAUUAUUGAUUUAGUAACGUAUUAUAACGACACAAUCCUCAGUUAAAAUACAACGUUUAUAAAUAAACAACACAUCUUUAAUCUGCUACCAGAUACAGUCUCAUUACAACUACUUCGCACUUGGUUAUUAGGCCAUAUGUCUGGUGACUAACUCAACCUAGCAAGUUCGCCUAGCGCUACACUACUCCCCCGCUUUUUAUUUUUAAAUAAGUGCUUAAAAGCACUGUCCAAGUGCUGGUCCACUAUUUUGCAUAUCACUUCCGACUGAUCCAAAACAACAUCAAUUAAACACAACAGACUAAGAGUCUAUAAAGACUGUUUAUGAACAUGCCAGAUGUCUACAGUUCUUAGGACUUGAAUGGCAUUAACCUGUACAUACCUAGUUGCCAAGACAGUCCUAUAAUGCUUGUCAUUCCACGAAAACUUCCGUUUAAUCAGUCACCCAGAUUCAGUAUCAACUUGGUCGCUUUCGCUGCCUUAAAGGUCACACUGGAAUCACUCCCAGGUAUACAUUGUACAGUCCACUCAUGAUCAGCUGUUUGACAGCCGUCACCCUCCAGAUUUGGGCAUCUGCAACAGAAGUUGUCAAUUCCGCACGAGGAUCAGGUUCCCUCACAGCCUUGUCACCGUUAUCAUCCUCAAUGCAAUCAGCAUUCCGAAGUCUAGGGGAAACAUCAUCCUUGCCUCCUUCCAUAGAUUCUGUUUCUUCAAGCUCAACACCCUCUCUCUUUCCUUAACCGGAGCUGACUGUCCGUCGUCUACAAAACCUGAAGACAUCUGUUGUCUCUCUCCCCUCUUCUCUCGGGCUCGAUAACUGAGCUUGGGCUCGGCCUUUCGGUACACAAUAUCCGACAGCACUGAUAUAGAUAGAGUCCUUCCCAAGGACAGUUAAGUUUGGCGCCAAACAAAACCACCAACAACAAAUGGUCUACAAGCGAGCCGCUUGUUGUAGUUCAGUUUCUGCUCAAAUGAAGCCUCGCCAAAUCGUGCGCUCUAGCCGAUCUAUUUUGAAUAGCUUAAGCAUAGCCCGUCUGGAGUGUUAAUGCAUCAGGAUGUCUCUCAGUUAUGACAUCCAGGGGAACGUCCAUAUAACCUACACAACAUCAAGAGGUUAGGCGAAACUCCUGUUUAAUUAUGAACGAGCAACUCGAUAGGCCAUCAUGGAAGCUGGAAGUUGUAGAUCUCAGUCCGUUUGGUCCUGCUGGAUCUUCCUACAGACUUCAGCAAACACCUGGUUUUUCUUUGCCGGCUUCUUUUCAACGAAUAAUAACUUUGAGAUCAGAAUCUGCUUCUUGUUGUUCCCUCAAGAAGGUGGAAGUCCAGGUUGGCCCCAAACUUGGCCGUGGUACAAGGAUCACCAACAGGUUCUUCACAACUCACAGGUUGCUCGUUGUCCUGGUUAGGGACAUGCAUCACAGUUUGAACACCCACAUCGACAAGAUACACCCGUUCCUGUGUGACUUGCAACCCUUACACUACUUACAACGGACAUCACAAGGUCUUCAAGAAAGUGCAUCGGCAUUCAGGUGUCGCUGUCCUGGUCGAUACAGGAUCUCGAACUCGAAAGUGCUCAAGAAUACGAUCCAACGUGUAAUCUGUUCCUCGGGAUCUUUGGCCUGGACAGCAAAGCGCAAAUGGGCAUAAUCAGUCCUUGUACCUUGCAGGUAAUGCCGGUUUUGGUUACCAAACUCAACGAUUGCAAGAGCUCACGACGGAUCACACAAUAGUUCCUUUCAAUAUCCGACUGUUGCAAAUGCAAUGGGCUUUUCCUACCCGUCCUGAAACUGUGAUAACGCUGCGCUAAUUUCGUGGUCUGAUGCAUCGGUGUCUAGCACAAACUUUCCAUCCCUGGUCGGGUAGACCAGGACGCUACCGAAAGUAAGGAAACCCUUUAUUCUGUCAAAAGCCAACUGAUCACAUUUGUCUGUCCAAACUAAUUCCGUCUUGGUUUCGGUAAGCUUGUACAGUGGCUUAGCUGUAGUUUGUGUUUAUCAAACGUGCGUCCCAUAACUAACACAUCAACAAGAUAGAACAAGCAAAUCUUCAGACGUAGGCGUUUCAAAAUACGUGCCAUCAAUAUGGCAAAGGUACUGUAUGCGUUGUAUGAAGUUACGAAUGCUGGCUUCUUCUCUGUGUUUGCAUCGUUUGCAACUUGCCAGUAACCGGAAGCAAGAUCCAAGGUUGUGAAUAAUCAUGAGCCACUUAAAGCAGCAAGAGAAUGAUCAAAUCGCGGCAAGGGGAAGGCAUCCUUUACCGUCACUGCAUUUAAAUGGCGAUAGUCCACGCAGAGCCCGUUGGUUGCUAGCACAACCGGAAAAGACCAGGGGCUAGACGAAUCUUUCACCUUUCCCUACUGUUUGAGGUAAGUGACUUGUCACACUAUCUCAUCAUGUUUCCUUGGUGAAGUUCGCCGGGGUUGUAUUCGGAUUGGAAGUGCAUUACCCGUUUAGAUUCUGCGCUGGAAAUUGUGCGUGGUGCCUACAAUCAGCGACAAAAUUGUUGAGACAUUGUAUUCAUAUAGGGUAACUUCAGAGAACAAAAGAAUCCGCACCCCUCCCCUGUCCCCUCUGUUCAAAGUUGGGGUGUUUGUUGUUUCCUUUAGGUAGCUCGAACAUCGGAACAACAUUUCAUGGAGAGGAUGGGGGAGGAAAAGCUAUAUUUCCUACUUUUGAAGUCAGUAAAACGUAAAAAAGCCCAGUUUAGGGCGAAGUGUCUCAACUCAUUUUGUUGCCGAUUGUCUAAAUCGAAAUCUGUGCGCUGUUGUCCUAUUAGUACCAGUUAAGAGACGAUAACUAGUUGAGAUUACUAUAUUCACUGGGUCGUUUUUAAGAAGAAAGAUAGGGUAUCCAUAUAAUCGCGUUGCUGUAUGUUUCGAGAGAAAAUUAAUUUUACCAAUCUUUGUACUCGGUAGUGUUUUCCAGUAAUUAUGCAGCAUAUCCACGUACUGAACGAUUUAUUUUCCUCUGAUAACUAACGGCCUGUCUACAUGGAGUGGGGGAACCCGAUCUAGUGGGGUUGGUUUCUUUUGUUUUCACGCUCUGGGGGACACAAAACAAAAGAAACCUACCCCACUAGACCGGGGUCCCCCACUCCAUGUAAACAGGGUCUUCUAAGUGUGGUAGUUUGGAAUCGAUGGCAGAUAAUAUGUUGUUUUUGAAUAUGUCCCUAGUGAGUUCGAAGUGUUUAUUCAAAGUUUGGCUAUUUGAUAAGGGUGUGGUCAACGAUAAAAUAGCCAUGAUUGUUAUGCGCUGGAGAAUUAUCAGGAAAAAUAUUCCAACUUCUAACGCACAACAAAGCUGCAUAGCAUCGCUAAAUCUGUGCAGUGGAUUCGUUGCCCAUAUACCCAUAAGAGUCUUUGAAGAAUGCACUUUACAGUAGAAACUAUGAGGUUAGGAGGAGACGGGCCACGAGAAACCACGAGUAACCAACUUUUAUACUUAUCUUGGUUACUCGUGGUUACUCGUGAUAAUUCCACCUAAACGGCAAUUUUAGCGAUUGUAAUUGUUCUACUGCCUAGAAAUCAAGUUAGUUUUCUAUCCUUUUCACUUCGUUUUUGGUUUCGAUAAAGGAGAGAAUAAGAAAUCGUUAGAAAAUCGUGCACGACGCGCCACAUCGCAUUACGUCAAGGCAUGCUAAGCGUGACACGAAAUGUCACGCACUGAAAAUAACGAAAUCGCCUUAUUCUAAUUGUUAAAAAAUAGGCACGUUGAAGUCAAACAUAGCAAAUAUAAAGCCACCAGGGGUCUUACAUCCCAGCAUGAAGAAAGUACCUUAUUAUAGGAAAUUAACGCUCCAAUUCGCGUUAAUUUUGUUGAACGUUAAUUUCCGCGCUCUUAAUUUCCAGUAUUUUAACUCCAAUUUUGGAACCUGUCUAGACAUUCUUGAUAUUUCUUUCCCUUUUCCCGUUAUUUUUCAUCUUUCACAAAAGCUAAGGCGAAGGUUUACGAUAUUUCGAGUUCAUCUUCAUCGUUAUCGCUGUCAGACGUGAUGUCAGCUAAGUUUUGAAUUUUUUUGGAUCCAGUGUUGAAAUAAAUUUGUUCCAGUUGUCACCACCAACUGUGUCUUAAUCGCGUUAAUUUCCUUUGUUAUGAAAUUCUGCCUCCUCUUUCGCGUUAAUUUUCUUUAUUCGAAAGUCGUUUUCCAUUAAAUUCGCGUUAAUUUAAGUCGCGUUAAUUUCCAAUACCUUAAUUUCAUGGAGCGUUAAUUUCCUAUAAUAAGGUAGUUGAAUUAGUUUUCUUAAGGAUGUAUCGCCACUUUUGUGAUCCAGACAAUCGGCAACAAAAUUGUUGACACAUUUUACUCAAAUAGGGUAACUUCAGAGAACAAAAGAAUCCGCACUCCUCCCCUGUCCCCGUCGUUCAAAUUUGGGUGUUUGUUGUUUUCUAUCGCUAGCUCGAACAUCGGCACAACAUUGCAUGGAGAGGAUGGGGGAGGAAAAGCUAUAUUUCCUACUUUUGAAGUCAGUAAAACGUAAGAAAAGCCCAGUCUGGGGCGAUGUGUCUCAAUUCAUUUUGUCGCCGAUAGUAAGUCCCUGUCUCAAAUUGAGAAUAUGUUUGUAAUUGAGGAGCAACUCCUGCAGAGUUCAAGCACGGCCUCCGGUAGAGUUGUAUCAACUGCUUUUUGUGACACAUGUUCAUUCAUUACUCUAGCUUGGUCCAUAGCACUGUCAUGGUUCUCUUCAUUAAGGCUCUAGUGAGGUGACUGGCUUAUCUAGGGAAAUCACAGUCUCAGCAGCUAGGUAGAAAACUUCAUAAGAAUCAUUAAAAACACUUAAAGGGACCACUCUGUCCUCCCUAACAUCAACCUGAGUCCUUGCAACAUAAAGUCCCUCUUGCUGCAAAUAUUAGUUCAGGCACGGUUCUAACAAUCGCAUGCCUAAUUGAGAUAACUUUGGAUCUAAGUUAAAUGAACGCUUGUGAACGAUUACUGGAACGAGCAUCUCAGUGGUCCUACAUUUAGAACUAUGGGGUUGGUUCUUAAAAUCAGAAAAAAUCAAAUACUUUGCCAUUAAUGGACACUUGAUUUUUUACACUGUCAAUACGUGAAUCAACUUUUGACAGGAAUUCCAUACACAAAUGCUCUCAUCCUCAACCUCAGCAAGAAUUACAUAAAUUUUACCCAGGCGCACUACAACAUGUCCCACACCAUAAGUUUUCGCUUGUUAACCAUCAGCAAGAGCAAUGGCAGAAUUCAAUGAACUCAAAUUGAACUUGCUAACACCAUCAGGUAAAAAAUCAUAAACCUUGAACGACAAAACUGAACUACGAGAUCACGAGAUCCUCCGAGAAAGGCUGGCAAAUAAAGGCCUCGUAAUUUUUCAUUAACAUGUGACCGUUCCAUGGGUGUAUCAGGAAAUGUUAUGUCCUCCUUUGACGAUGGCUGAGAGAAAGCAUUGUUCACAUCAUUACCAGUUGUGGGACUAACAUCACUCGCAUUUAGGCAUCCCCUUCGACCAUGGACGAUUACCUUUGCGCAGUUACGACGAUAAUGAAGACCAAAUUCUUUGCAAUUCCAGCAUUAACCAUUUUGCUUGGAGUAACGUGAAGGAGGUUGUCGUUGUUGGCUACCAGAGGUGUUCAGAGAUCUUGAAUAGGAGAGCUACUGGAUCUGCUCAACUUGGGGCAGCUUGCUGAGUCUCCUGAUGCUGUUUUGCACUCGAAUGUCAGAAUGUAACAAUUCGUCCAACUGAGCUUUAAACAAAUCAGAUUCUUCAUCAAUUUCAUCCAUAGAGAGAACCUUAGGAGAGCUUCUUUGCCCAUCUUCACCCACGACGAAACGCCUCGAGCUCACAAGCCAGCGACAAGGCUUCAUCUAGGGUGCAUGAAUUAUUUCUACGUCAUUUAAGCCUGUCGUCUUGAUCCUUGAGUGCAUCAAUAAAGUGCUGAACGGAGGGGAAGUCCUUUUAAGCUAGACUAGACGUAAACCGAACAUCUUCUGCAAGAACUUGAACACUUUCGUUUUCCAUUUGGCGACGGUUUUGAACACUCAUUUGGGGUACGUUUUCAACACCAAAGCGCAGCUCCAAUUUGUAAACAUUUUAUCUUGGCGUAAUUUCGACAAUCGCUAGUAUACUUAAGCAAUAGAAAACGUUUUCCGUGUUUACAUAACUGUCGAGAAUUCUCUCAAUGCCUCGAGUGUUUAUAUCAGGCUAUGCAAACACAGGAAAAAAGUUUUCUAUUGCUUUUAUAAAAUAAAUUUCCCGAGAAAAAACGCAAAACUCUUUGUAUGGCACUGAUUAAAAGAGAAAUUCUUACCAGUCGCAAAGUCUUGUCCACGAAGUCUUGAACGCGUAAUCAGUUCUUGUUUUGCAAAAAGAUGUUUUCCAAAAUACGAAUGCGAAAAAAAAUUGACACACCUUCUUUGUAACGAUUUUCCAAGAUUCAGCCGACGAAGGAAUGGGUAAAUAAAGUAAACUUGUCGAGUUUUGAACUUGACAACUGUUUCAAGUUCGUGCUUGCGUGAUUAGCGCGCGAAAAGCAAAACAUCUUGACGCCACAGCCACGUUUACGUACUCUCAUGCAGAGACUCCUCUCAGCCAAUCAGAGCGCGCGUACUAUCUUAGUUAUUUUAUAAAUAGCAUUAAGCUCCUUUUUUGCUUCUCCUCGAACGCCUGCGGCAAGGAAUAAAGCAGCUUCUUCUUGGCUGCAGCUAUAUUAACAACAGAGAAACGCUCAAAGUGUUUAGAAUAAUCACGUAACAACGAGUGCCAUCAUAAUUCGCAGGAUUUUUAAUAGGCUUGUUAAAUUUUCGGGGAUGUGUAAACAAAUCAGUGGAAUACCUAUCCUGUUGACUCUCUCGAUGUGAACGGGUUUGCGGAGUGAAAUCGGUGACUUGCAUUGCUAAUAUUUACUGCUGGAUCUUCAGAUGAAACGGACUCUGGAGUUAACGGGUUCCCCAGUUUACAAGGAUUAACUGGCGUCGAAAAACUCAUUCCUUUGAAUCCUGAAUCCAUAAGUGAGUUUUCGGCCAUUGAAAACGGGCGAAACCGUGACAGCAAACACACGAAGAGUCUUUGAAUACAAAACAACGCAAAAAUAUGAAAUUCCGUCACGCAAACCAUUGAAAUAUCGCCAUUGAACACGGAUAUACGUGAAGUUUGUCUUUGUUUUCCGCUCCCACCAUUUUAACGCCACAAUCCUCAGUUAAAACAAGGCGUUUGUAAAUGAGCUACACAUUUUAAGAUAGAGUCACAUUUGAACUUCUUCGCACAUUGUUAUUACGCCAUAUGACUUACUCAGAUGGGUACACGCGGGUUUGCCUAGCGAUACAGUAUUAAUUAUUUCAUCGGUUACCGUGGCUGUUUCUCAUACGUCUCAGUGACUGUUCAAGCCUGAAACUAUAAUAUAGGUUCUAGCCCCCUUAACAGUCCAUUUUGUUUCUUCAACUUAUUAUUUUAUUGAUCAUUUUCGGUUAAAACCUCAAUCUGGAAUGUAGACACAACAAACAUAAAGCGGCCUUCAGGGCGGGGUAAUCUUCGGGACCUUCAAGAUACAGUUCCCCACAUCCGAAAAAGUACCCUUUGUAAUCGGUUAUUCAGUGAAUUUGAGGUUCGUCAAAUUACCGCAUGAUUGCGCCAACGCUUCUAUAACGCUUAAGAAUCCAUUUUCCGCUUAUUUUCUUGCUCUUCAAUCCUAAAGAAUCCCCCCCCCCAAAACUUAGACUAUUAGCUAUGGUGUGAUGUUUCUGCAAAGGUUAGAUCUAGAAAUGUUGCUUUUAAUUUCCAACUAGCAGAAGUACUACGAUCAAUUCGCUUAAACGGCUAUACAACACGAGCUUGACAACUAGCAACUGUUUUUAAAGUAUACGCUUAUCGAAAACAACACACUUGUUUUGAAGGUGGUUCAAGGAAGUACAAACUACUACAGCGUAUUUAAGAGAGAUUUAAACCCUUAUAUCGACGCUCGAUUUAUUCGUAUCAGCCCUCAGUACUGGAAAGGAUAUCCAUGUCUCAGAACCGACUUUUUGGGAUGCAAUCCAGGUGAAGGUACGUACCAGACUUCCAGUUAAAAUCACAAUUUUUAGGGAUACGAAAUGAUAUCUUCUAACAGGAAAUCUAACAGGGCAAGGGAAAAUGAAUGGAUGGAUGAACCAACCCCUACUUAAUUACUUGUAGUGUGUGAGAGCGUAGUGGCAACCGAAAACUUCGGAUUAGCAGAUGGGACCAAGCGUUGUUGUCUCGUUUUCUAAUGAGACAAGGAUCUUUCGCUUCACACAGGUUUUUGACUGGGUACCAACGACAUUCUACUAGGAAAAACGUGUAGUGGAUCAGAAUCUCAUCCAGGGGGAUCAGUAAUACUCCUCAGUACUUCGCCGCGUCACCACUAGUUUUAAAACCUCUGGUGAUUUGUCACUUUAGCAUAAAAUGGCUCUAAUUUAAAAAUUACUUUUCUUGUACGACAGCUAGCCCGACUGCUCCAACUCCAUUGAAAUCCUACGGAUUGAAUUAUUGUGUCACACCGUCAAAUAAGACAUGCUCACCAGUCAAUAACGAUCAUCUGAUAUAUGUGGCUGGUGAUAAGUGUGAAGACAGCCAUCUUCAAUUUUCAUUGGAUUCGAAUGGUGUGUUACGUCACAGUUGUAGUCGGAAAAUGGUGUGUCCAGAAAAUGGUAACAACGGUGCAAAGAUUUUGCUCAGCGAUAGUUGCACGACCGACUUCUCAAAAUUUGAGAGGACAACAGGUUUGUGUAUUCUAUUUUGUACUCACUUUAUCAUCAGGUUUAUAAAGUUAACACUAAAAAGUCACGACGUUUCGACCUGUCCGAGUUCAUUUUUCAAGUGCGAGUAAAAUAUAAAAAGUCGUUAAUUUUCAAGGUUAACCUUUAUCGCAAACUUUAUCAUCUGAGCUCUUGACAGCCAAAUUAUAACUCUAUUUCUAACGUAAUUUUUAUUUCCUCGAUAGUUUCAUUGAUACUUUUUCAAGAAAAUACAGGAAAAGUAAUGUUUUCAGGUCCCUGUUUUCUCAGCACAAAGAAUUUUAAAAAAACAUACUUUAGGCGGACUAUCCGAAAAAUUGACAGGUCUAGAGUAUGUUUCUUUAUAAGCUGUUUAAUGACCUCCCUGCACCUUAUGCUCUUUCUGUUGAAACCAAAAGGUUUAAAGACCUUGAUUACGACAUUUAUCAAAAUUCAAACAGUGGGAACCGCCACCUCAUUGAGUGAAACGUAAAUAAAACCUUUCAAAACAUGAAAAGAGGGAAUAAAUAGCACAGUUAAUGCAAAAAAAAAAAAAAACACGGAAGGACAAACUAAAACAAAAUUUUAUGAGAAUUCACCCCCUUUACAAAAGUGUUAGACAAACAUUCUGAAAAAUGAUAAUAUCAUGUUUUGAAGACGCAUUGUUAGACACAUAGCUGUGACUUUUACAAGUAACCAUUUUUACUCAACAAGGGAAUAAGCAAUUCUUUUUACGCAAAUUAUACAGCCGUAAGACCACUCCUUUUAAAUUGAUCUGUUCGAACGUUAUAAGAUACUGUGAGAGACAGCUCGAUCAGUACUGGUAAUAGAGGCGGAACUUAUACGACAUUGAACUAAAUAUAACUAUUUUCUUUGCAGAAUAAUGUAGGGCAGGAUUCUUAUUAAGAACGGGAAAACUCUUUUUAAGGAAACUGUUGAAAAAGGCAUACCGAUGAAGCAGAAAAACUUUUUUUACUACGUAUCGACUCAAUAACAAAGUACAUUUAAUUUGUCAGACAAAACUCUUAAGCAUAUCUCGACUGGAAAAUGCCUUCACACUUCUGGUGGAUGGCCUGGUAAUGGUCGAACGUUAGUAUUGUGGUCUGGAUGUGAGGCAGAAAGGCUUCAGAUUUGGUUUGUAAAACAAGGUAAUAAUAUUAAUUAUAAUGACGAUCAUAAUUAUAAUGGUAAUAACAGUAACAGGUAUGAUAAUGAUACUAAUAAUGACAAUAACCGCCAGUAGAGCUAAGCGAAAUGAUUGGAAAAAAUAGCUAAACUGAACAUAACAAGGUUAAGAAUCCCACCUAGAAGAAGUGUAUCUUUGAGAACGGUGGAAUGAUGUCAUUUUAAAAAAAUUCGGCGCUCAUUUGUUUAGUAGCCUGUCUUUGUUAUUCAUGAUACCAUUCUUUCAGGGAGAAAUUUUAGGGAGUCAAGUGGCCUGUAGUAUCCUUUUACCAGAAGAGUCGAGUGGGAACCAGGAGAGUGUUUUAAACUUUUAGGCCUUUUGAGUUUACACUGAAUGCAGAACGUCACAAUUUAGAAAGCCAAAAAUGGCGAACUCUUAUAACCGUGAUAAAGGAAGAAUUUCGUUAGUGAACUGGAUGGAUUUCGAACACUGACAGAAUCACACAAAUUGACCACAAUUUAAUGAAGUUUCUGAAGUUUUUUUUUAUUAAGAGCCUACUUCCCAUUAAGGAUUUCUUAAUUGGGGUAAAAUGUUUCCAUUGUGUCAUAAGAACAAUAGAGACUCUGGAAUAGGCCCUUACACGUUCUUUUUUCAUUAACUUUUGACAUGAACAAGUUAGGAAAAAUCCGUCUGUCAAUUUUCGCGAUUUUGCGAAGCCGCCUAUAUCGUUGCUGGCUUAAAACGUAUCACUUUCAAAUUUGACAAUUUUACCAAUUUUAAGGUGCUCUUUUCAUUGAAGUCUCCGGAUUUUCCCCAACUUGUUCAUGUAAAAGUUGAAAAAACCGUCGAAGGGUCUAUUCUUACGCUCCAUUGUGGAUGAGCUUAGUCAUUAAAAAGUUUAAUCAAAAGUGUUGUUUGAAAAGGCUCUUGUAAAUAUAUGUUAACAAAAAAAUAUUUAAAAUUAAAGGUAGUCAAAAUCAGGCUUGCCACCUAACGAAAUCUAGUGAAAAUCUCUAUGCUGCCAGAGUCUGCCAUGAACUUGUCACUAAAGAUGAGGAAGGUUCGGAAAUCAGUUGUUGACGGUAGUAAUUUGUUGUUAACAGAAUGUGUGGAUGCUCUUGGAAUGGAAAAUGGUGACAUCAAAGACAUGCAAAUUACAGCAAGCUCCUCUAGAACAGCUGAUUUACCUCAAUUUGGGCGUCUAAAUAACGGAAAGUACUGGUGCCCUGAAAAAGCGAAUAAAAACGAAUAUUUGCAAGUUGAUUUUGGACAGGCAAGUAAAUCAGAAGAAUUAAACAUGGGUUAAAAUAAACAUCCAAUUAAAAACAAGUUUAAAAAUUAUGCUUGCAAAAUCAUUUAUACUAAUUCAAAAACGUCCUUGACUCAAAAGCCGACAAUAACAGUAACUUUUUUUUUGAACAAGUAGGAGUGGUUUAUAAAGAUCAUAACCCUUUCCCGUAUUAAUUUUCAUUCUUCAAAUUUACCUUAGUUUUAAGAAAUAUUCAGCACAGUUAUAAACUUACCAAUUUCUUUCUUUCUUUUUAAAAAUUUACUCGAUUACUAAUAUUUUUUAUUUAAUUAUGGGUCAGAUUAAGAGAGUCAACAAAAUCUUGAUUCAAGGCCGCGGUAACUGGUACAACUGGGUGACUGGGUUCUACGUGUACUACAGUGACGAUGGCCGCCGGUGGACUGGGUUCUCUGCAAGUGGAGAUAAAAACCAUUCAAAUGUAUGUAGACAUAGGUCAUAACCUAACAUGUGUUUGCUUUUAAGUACCUCCUUCACACUCAGGAAAGAUCGAGAAUCCAGUUAUGAGUAAAAAUUGACAACGAGAUUUAUAUGAGAUAUAUAACAAUUAUUCACCGAAGUGGAGGUGGCUAGUAUGGGAUAUUUACCGAGGCCGCGAAGCGGCGAGGUAAAUA